CUUGAAAUUAUUCUGCUCACUGACCCGAUUCCUGAAUGCUGCUGCUGCAUGCAAAAAACAAGAAAUUCAGCUCAAUAUACGACGUCGACGUAUAAUGCACGAGUGAAGUGUGGAUGAUAAAAUGGCAGAAUUUGACGGCAAAGUGGUGCUAAUAACUGGGGCCAGCUCAGGGAUUGGAGCUGAGACUGCCAUUGAAUUUGCUGCGUCAGGAGCCAGUCUGGCAUUAGUGGGUCGAGAUGAAGAAAGGCUAGAGAAAUCUGCACAGGCUUGCUUGGCAAAAGGCCUUACAAAGGAUAAGGUUCUUACCAUUAAGGCUGAUAUGUGUGUAGAAGAUGACGUGAAGAGGAUCAUGGAAUCAACUAUCACACACUUUGGGAAAUUGGAUGUCUUGGUCAAUAACGCAGGGCGUGGUUCCCCAUCAUCCCUAUCCAGUGAGAAUCUGAUGGAAAAUUAUGAUCACAUGAUCAAACUCAACGUCAGGUCCGUUCUACAGAUCACCAACCUGGCAGCUCCUCACCUGAUCGAAUCUAAAGGAUGCGUAGUGAAUGUUUCUAGUGUCUGUGGCAAGCGAGUGAUGGCCGGUAUGUUGGCUUACAACAUUGCAAAAGCUGCUAUUGACCAGUUUACAAGAUGUACUGCUUUAGAUUUGGCUCCCAAAGGUGUGCGAGUAAAUGCAGUCAACCCUGGUACGAUUAUGACUCCUGCUCAGACGGUGUAUGGAAUGUCUCUUGAGCAAAUCCAUGAGCGAGCUAGUAAGGUUCAUCCAAUGGGUCGAGCAGGGGAAGCGAGCGAAGUGGCACCCGCCAUCAAGUUCCUCGCUUCUAACGCAGCAUCCUUCAUCACCGGAGAGACCCUGUCCAUAGAUGGCGGCAGACACGUUUCAUGCGCACGAUAAUUUACUUUGUAAAGGCAUUCAGCAUCCAUGUCUGCUCCUGCCAUCCCACUUGCAAAGUGUAUUCCGAUGGAGCUUCCUUUAUAUU